AUGUUCGCCAUUAAUCCAUACUUCCAGGCUAGCCAACAAGGUUCAACCUACGACUUCGAUUCUUUGAUCAACUACUUGAAUAAUGUCCAGAGACAACAAUUCCACGAGCAGUCCAAGCCAAAGAUAGUGAAAAAGAUAGAAACGGAAGAUGAAUACCAAAUCCAAGUCUACAAGAAGACUGGAGACUUUAACAACUACGAAGUCAGGGCCAUCAAAGUUCCAAAGCAAUUCUCCCAACAACCUCAACUCAUUAACGUCAUCUUGCAAUCGGCCAAGGAUAGUUUCAAAAAGACAUUCCAGUUCAAGGAACAAGAUAUCAACGUUGAGGACAUCAACUGGGAAUGGUACAAGCAAGAAAACAUCUUGGUGUUGAACGUCCCCAAGAAGGUUCAUGUCUGCCACUCCAACAGUUUCGAGGACUUGGCAUCAAUGCUCGGAUUCCCAUUUGGUGCAUUUGGAUUGCAACAGCAGACACAAAAGAAGCCAACACCAGUUGCUAUGGAAAGGUCCAGGUCAGAGCAAGCAAGAUUGCAGGCUGAAGCAGAGGAAAUUGCAAGAAAAGAAGCCGAAGAACAGUUGAGGCAACAACAAGAAGAAGAAAGAAAAGCUGCCAUUUCUAGAAGAGAGGCUGAAGAAAGAAAAGCAGCUGAGGCUUUGGCAAGAGCUGAAGUCGAAAGGGCCAGAAUAGAAGCAGAAGAGAGAGCUCAAAGAGAAGCAAAAGAGAAGGCUAGAAGGGAAGCCCAAGAAAAAGAAAGAAGAGAAGCCCAAGAAAAGGCAAGAAGAGAAGCCCAAGAAAAAGCUAGAAAGAUUGCUGAAGCAAAGAUUGCUGAAUCAAAGGCUGCUGAAGCUAAGAGAAAGACUGCAGAACAGGAAAGAAUCAAGCAACAGAGAGAAGCUUAUGAAAACAUGCUCAGACAACAACAAGAAUUCAUGAAUAACUUCUUUGGUCCUUACUUGUCGCACAAUUUCGGAACAGGAUCAGUACCAGUAUCUCCACCAACAUCAAGGCCCACUUCAACACAAGCUACUUCGGAAAAGACUGAAUCCCCUGCUAAGGCUAACUACGAUUCUGACAGUGAAUCAAUAACAUCUGAGCCGGAAACUUCCUCUGAAAAGUCACAUCCAAAGGAAUCUGAAGAAAUGCACAGAUUGCAUAAGCAUCCAUCUUUAGAGGAAGUUGAUGAUGAAGAGUUCGUGUUGUUCAACAAAAAGUUCGGAGACCAGAAGUGA